AUGGCCUACCGGAUGAAGAUGUUCAAGAGCCAGAAGCCCUCGUCGGUUGACCUGCGUGACCUGCGCGUCUCCGACUUCAAGAGGGUUCCCGGCUUCAACUAUGUGUCGGCGGAGGACGAGCACACGGACAACUCGCUGUGGAUCGAAGGACGAGUCGGCGACGUGUUUGUCAACACGCCGAAAAUGUUUCAGAGCGUCAUGUCCGUUUGGUGUGCCCGGCCAUCCGACCUCGGCUCGGACAUGUGGCUAGCCGUCGUCGAGAUUCCGAGCAAGCAGCAGAACGCGCCCCUGUUCGGCACGUUGGAAUCCGGAUUCGUCCCGGCGUGCCGCCGGUGCCGCUUCCUCGCCAAUUUUUGGCUCGACCAGUUUGUCGACAAAGUUGCCUCCGAGCUCCUGCUGCUCGACUGCGCGGCGGAACCGGCCCAUCGCGGCUGA